AUGCGUCAUAGUUCUGGAUUUGGGUGGGACUCCAUCUCAAAGAAAUUCACAGCUACUGAAGAAGUAUGGCAAGAUUACUUUAAGUCUCAUCCAAGUCAAGUGCAUCUUCAAAGAGAUACAUUUGCAGACUAUGAGGAUUUGGUAAUUGCAAUUGGCAAUGAAAUAGCUGCUUGGAAAAACUCAAUUGGACUUGGUGAUGAUACUGAUGCUAGAAUGUAUGAAGUUGGAGAAAGUAGACCUACCAGAUUGCAGGAUUCCAAUGAUGCAUUUGCACCAAGUCAAAAUGAAACAUCAUACCAAUCUUUGUCGUUUGGUAAUUUUACUUCAUCACCUUUUCUGGACCUAAAUUUGGAGGGUCCAUUAGAAAAGCUCCCUCAAAGAAAGAAACCUAAAACUGAGUCUGAAGCAAAUAAUAAUUCAGUUGAGACCAUAACUCAAGUUGAACUGGUAGAAAAAGUUUAUGUGGGCAUGGAUUCAUUGCUGCAAUUACCACUGAAAUUCGAGGAAUGCAUAGCCUAA